AAGCAACCCGAUACCGGAGACGAGCGGUCCAGACAAGCCUGCAAACGAGGCGUUCCCAGCCGCUCCUCCGCCCUGCUGUCUACAGUCUGCCGAGCACAGAGCUCCGCGCACGGUCAAUGCCAAACACAUGCAAUCGCCGCAGGGGGAAAAAAACAGCGAGAAGAGACGUCCGACCCCCGCUCCCGUAACUCGCCGUGAACCAAUACGGGAAUAACCGCUCCUCGUCACGGAGGCGAUAGACCGUAUGGAUCAUUGAUACGGCCGGCGGCUUCGGGUUUGGACGCGCCGGAUGAAGUGAGGCGCGGCGCCGCCGCGGACGAGCUCGCGCGUCGAAGCUAGGCUAGCGGGACUCGGUAGCAUUUAGCUUCAGACUAGCCAGACAGUCAGACGUAAAUAUAGGAGCAGUUCAGCCCCACGGGUUGGGUGUAAAAUCACUCGUGGAAGGCGGGGAAGUGUUUUUUUCUGUGCCGGGGAGAGGAACCCAGAAAAGGUUAUUGUGUUUUAGAGGAGCGAGUAGCGCUCGUCUGUGUUGUUUUAUGGUAAUAUUAAACCUAGGUCUCUCUACUUCUAAGUUUUUUUUUUCCUACUUCUCAGACAGUCCGGGGUCCAUGUAGCUCCCAGGAUAGCAUUAGCUAUUAGUAUGGACACUGUGGGCUGUCUCGUUGACGCCGCUGCCGAGCCAGUCGGCUACCCGGGUUGAUGCUGGGUCUGAUCAGGACUACAGGAUCGAUAUCGGCUUUAUUUUGGAUUAUGACUUCAGGAAAUGAGUGAUAUUUGGAGCAUGUUAGAUUUGAGGGACAGAAUAUGAGUGAUAAUUGGUUCAUGUUGUUUUUUGAAGGACAGCACAUGAGUGAUAUUUGGAGUAAAAUGCUGGAUCUGGUCAGAUUUUAAAUUUUCGGUGAUACCAAGUAUCCAAUAAAGAUAUUAAUCAAUCGAUCCAUCCAUCCGGAGCCCACCAUGUCUGUCUCCACUUUGAACGUUUGCCGUGAUUGAGAUAACAAGUUGGUUUGAUUGAGCCGUCUGGAAGAAGAGAAGGGGGACAAAUAUAAACAGUGUGACGACCAGACAAGAGGACGAGUGAAGUAAAUUUGGAGAGGAUCCAGGCUGGAUCAGCGGCAUGUCUGUGGGCUGCGUAACGAUGCUCACACUCGCUAAAUUUGGGAUUUGUGCGAUGAUUUUCCUCAGUCCGGUGGCUGCGGCGCAGGGCGAGGAGCGGGAGUGUGCCUACACAGAGCAGCCCCAGCAGUGGGGCGUGGACCGCGUGCCAGGGUCGGAGGGGCGCGUCUCCCCGGAGAACACCACCGUGCGAUGUGCCAACGCCGGCCACUGCUAUGGCCUGUGGGAGAAGAGCCGGCCCGGGGAGGUGCGCCCGGUCAAGCAAGGGUGCUGGGGCCAGGGGGAGCACCAGCAGGAUUGCCGUGACGACAGUUGCGUGGCGACCAACGUGCAGAUCCUCAAUGGGACGUUCCACUUCUGCUGCUGUGGCAGCGACAUGUGUAACCUCAACUUCACCGAGGACCUCACCCCGCCCAGCCCCACCGUCGUCCAGCCCAACCACGGCCCCCCGCUGCAAUACGAGGAGACGGUGAUCAUCGCCCUGGCGUCCGUGUCCGUUCUGGCCGUGGUCGCUGCGGCGGCGCUCUUCGGGUACCGCAUGAUGCGUGGAGGUUGUAAUCAGGGACUUCACAACCUGAACAUGAUGGAGGCCGCAGGCUCAGAGAGCUCCCUGGAUCUCGACAACCUUAAGCUGCUGGAGCUGAUCGGGCGUGGCCGCUACGGCGCCGUGUACUGCGGCUCGCUGGACGAGCGGCAGGUGGCGGUCAAGGUGUUCACGGCGGCCAACCGGCAGAACUUCCUCAACGAGUGCUCCAUCUACCGGCUCCCCCUGCUGGAGCACGACAACAUCGCGCGCUUCGUGGCGGCCGACGAGCGCACCGGCGCCGACGCGCGCACCGAGUACCUGCUGGUCAUGGACUACUACCCCCACGGCUCUCUCAACCGCUACCUGGGCCUCCAGACCAACGACUGGGGGAGCAGCUGUAGGCUGGCGCACUCUGUGACCCGUGGCCUGGCCUACCUCCACACCGAGCUCUGCAAAGGAGACCUGUACAAGCCCGCCGUCUCCCACCGGGACCUGAACAGUCGUAACAUCCUGGUGAAGGCGGACGGCGCCUGCGUCAUCAUCGACUUCGGCCUCUCCAUGAAGCUCACGGGGAACCGCCCACAGCGCCACGGCGAGGAGGACAACGCUGCCAUCAGCGAGGUUGGUACGAUCCGCUACAUGGCCCCGGAGGUCUUGGAGGGCGCGGUCAACCUGAGGGACUGUGAGUCAGCCCUGAAACAGGUGGACAUGUACGCCCUGGGCCUGGUGUACUGGGAGACCUUCAUGAGGUGUACUGACCUCUUCCCUGGUGAGUCUGUCCCAGAGUACCAGGUGGCCUUCCAGGCUGAGGCGGGGAACCAUCCCGUGUUCGAGGACAUGCAGGUGCUGGUGUCACGCGAGAAGCAGCGGCCCAAGUUCCCUGAGGCCUGGAAGGAGAACAGCCUGGCGGUGCGCUCCCUGAAGGAGACCAUGGAGGACUGCUGGGACCAGGACGCCGAGGCCCGGCUCACAGCCCAGUGCGCUGAGGAGCGGCUGGCCGAGCUGCUGCUCAUCUGGGACCGCUCCAAGUCCGUCAGCCCCACGCUGAACCCCAUGUCCACCACGCUGCACAACGAGAGGAACCGCAUGACCCCCAAGUCGGGGCCCUUCCCGGACCAGCCCUCCUCCUACAUCGAGGAGCAGGAGGGCGUGGCCAAGAACGGCCCGGCGGAUGGCCACCCCGCCGGCGGGCCCCCGGCUCUGGGGGGCUCCGGCGUGCGCACGGGGCCCCCGCCCGGCGAGCGCGACCGCAACUCCAUCAACCAGGAGCGGCAGCAGCAGGCCAGCGCGCGGCUGCCCAGCCCCGAGGGUAGCGGCGGCGGCGGCGGCGGCGGCGGCGGCGGCAGCCCCUCCACCACCACCACCACCACCCUGCUCUCGGAGUCGGAGGGCUCGGCGGGGGGCGCCCCGGCGGUCCCCGUGUGCCUGCACCUCACCCAGGAGGACCUGGAGACCACCAAGCUGGACCCCAAGGAGGUGGACAAGAACCUGAAGGAGAGCUCGGACGAGAACCUGGUGGAGCACUCGCAGAAGCAGUUCUGCUCGCCCGACCCGCUGAGCCCCGGCAGCUCCAGCCUGCUCUACCCGCUCAUCAAGAUGGCGGGCGGGGCGUCGGAGGCGGGCGGCGGCGGCGGCGGCGGCGGCGGGGCGGGGGGAGCAGGCGCGGCCUCGGGGGGCUCCUCCCCCAUGCCGCCUGCCGCCUUCCCGCUGCCCAAGCAGCAGAACCUGCCCAAGCGGCCGUCCAGCCUGCCGCUGCGCACCAAGCCCCCCAAGAAGGAGGGCUCCUCCUCCGCGCUGCGCUUCAAGUUCGGCCGCUCGGGGAAGUCCAACCUGCGGCAGGUGGAGGGCGCCAAGACCACCAACGUGGGCGUGGGCGCCGCGGCGUCCGCCGCCGGCGAGUCGGCGCACCGCGGCAACGCCGGCACCAACAACCUGCCCGUCCGGCGCGAUCUCCGCAGCAACGGCGGCGUCGGCGCCAACGGGAGCGUGACCGCCAACGGGCAGGCGAACGGCGGCGGCGACGGCCGGCUGAGCCUGGGCGUGAUCACGGCAAGCCCCGACGAGCACGAGCCCCUGCUGAGCCGGGAGCGGGAGCCGGCGGGGCCGCUGAUGUCAGCGCGGCCCAACAGCAACAACAACAACAGCAACACGGGGCGGGGCCGCGGCGAGGGCGAGGGCGAGGGUGAGGGGCCCGGGGAGGAGGGGGGGGCGCCAGAGGAGCAGCAGCAGCAGACGGAGGAGACGGGCCCCGAGAACGGGCCGCCGGCGGGCGGCGCCGACCCCCCCGCGCCGGCCACGGCCACGGCGGUCACCAUGCGGGGGGAGGGGCUUCUGAGGCAGUCGCGGGGGAGGCGGCCCGAGAGGCCCAACUCGCUGGACCUGUCGUUCACCACGCGCGACCUGGCCUCGCUAGGGGAGGAGCUGGGGCACCGGGACGGCAGCGCCGGCACGGGUGAUAAGAUCAAGAAGCGCGUCAAGACGCCGUACUCCCUGAAGCGCUGGCGUCCCACCACCUGGGUCAUCGCCAUGGACACCAGGGGCACCGGGGACGACGACGACGACGACGACAACAACAACAACAGCAACCACCACAACUGCCACCACCACCACCACCCUCACCACCACCAGGGCGGCUCCAACGUCCACGCCACGCAGGCCCGGGGCCGGCCCAAAUCGGCCACCGCCGUCUUCGCCGGGGAUCCCAGCGACACUCUAGUGUGAACGCCGCCCCCCC